AGGUACCCAAGUGGUAAGAAGACACUUCUUGCCAUGAAUUGGUUUGGACGUUACUUCCCUAAGAGUCCUGAGAAUGUUUCCUUACUCAAAACACGUUCCCCUCUCCUGUUUCCACUGAUCUCGUCUGAAGAUGGACACUUCAUUUCCAACUUCAGGAGCCAGGGACCCGCCCAUCCUGUGGUGAAGCAGCCUAUCCGUGGAGCCAGUAGCCGGACAGCAGUCACAGCGAUCGUGCAGAUUGGUGGGGACUGGAGCACUGGCCUCUUCAGUGUCUGCAGAGAUAGGAGAAUUUGUUUUUGUGGUCUGUUUUGUCCACUGUGUCUUGAGUGUGACAUUGCCAGGUAUUACGGAGAAUGUCUUUGUUGGCCAUUGUUACCUGGGUCCACCUUUGCCCUGAGAAUUGGCACCAGAGAGAGAUACAAAAUACAGGGCACCUUGUGUGAGGACUGGCUGGUGGUGCACUGCUGCUGGCCUUUUUCGGUGUGUCAGGUGGCCCGGGAGCUCAGGAUGAGAACCUCUGAACUCUAUGAGAUCUGCGCAGUCCCUUCAACUAAGGACACUUUGGUUUGA